GCACCAGGCCACACGCCUUUCUGCCUGCGCUAUCUCAAUUCCUUCUACAAUCUUCAUUUACAAUUCCAAUUCCUUAACAUAAUUUGUGGUUCUCUAGAAAUUUCUCAAACCGCUAAUGGCUACGACGGCAUCCACCCUCACCGGAUUGUUGAGCCACGUCGCCGCCGUGUUUCCGACGCGGCGAGCGAUUUCCGUCUCCGGAAACUUCGAUCUCACUCACGUGCAACUCAAUCGUCUGGUGGAACGCGCCGCCGCUAGCCUCAUCGCCGCCGGAGUUAAGCCGGGGGAUGUGGUUGCGCUCACUUUCCUGAACACCGUUGAGUUUAUUAUAAUGUUUCUGGCUGUGAUACGCGUCCGAGCGACGGCGGCGCCGCUCAACUCCGCCUACACUUUCGACGAGUUCGAGUUUUAUCUAUCGGACUCAGAAUCAAAGCUCUUGAUUACAUCUAAAGAAGGUAACGAGCCGGCUCAAGCCGCCGCUGCGAAGCUCACCAUUCCGCAUCUCUCAGCCGCAUUACCAGCCGCCGAUUCAGAAAUGGUGUUAUCCCCAACAACACCUAAUUCCGACGUCCAUUCAGAUGCAGUUACAAAACUCACCAACGAAUCUUCCGACGUAGCACUGUUCCUCCACACUUCCGGCACGACGAGCCGACCGAAAGGCGUGCCUCUAACGCAGCAGAAUCUCUAUUCCUCUGUGCAGAACAUCAAAUCUGUCUACAAAAUCACAGAAACAGACUCUACGGUGAUUGUUCUCCCCUUGUUUCACGUGCACGGCUUAUUGGCCGGCUUAUUCAGCUCCCUCGGCGCCGGCGCCGCCGUAACUCUCCCCGCCGCCGGGAGAUUCUCCGCCUCCACAUUCUGGUCCGAUAUGAACAACUACAACGCCACCUGGUACACGGCGGUGCCAACAAUCCACCAGAUAAUUCUCGACCGCCAUCUCAGCCGUCCCGAACCAGUCUACCCUAAGCUCCGAUUCAUCCGAAGCUGCAGCGCAUCCUUAGCACCUGCAAUCAUGGCUCGCCUUGAGGAGGCUUUUGGUGCUCCGGUUUUGGAGGCGUACGCCAUGACCGAGGCAACUCAUUUAAUGGCGACCAAUCCCUUACCUGAAUAUGGGCCCCACAAGCCUGGGUCCGUGGGCAAACCAGUAGGCCAAGAAAUGGCAAUAUUGAAUGAGAAUGGUACUGUUCAAGAGGCUAAUUCGAAUGGUGAGGUCUGCAUAAGAGGCCCUAAUGUAACGAGCGGAUACAAGAACAACCCUGAGGCUAACAAAGUUGCUUUCCAGUUCGGAUGGUUCCAUACAGGAGAUUUGGGAUUCUUUGAUUCAGAUGGCUACUUGCAUCUUGUUGGCAGAAUCAAGGAACUGAUCAAUCGUGGAGGGGAAAAAAUCUCACCAAUUGAAAUAGAUGCAGUCCUGUUGUCCCACCCGGAUAUUGCUCAGGCUGUGUCUUUUGGCGUCCCUGAUGAUAAAUAUGGCGAAGAGGUAAACUGUGCUGUUAUUCCUAGAGAAGGAUCGAACCUGGAUGAGGAAAAGGUUUCGAGGUUCUGCAAGGGAACUCUGGCUGCUUUCAAGGUUCCAAAGAAGGUUUUCAUCACUGAUACACUUCCUAAAACUGCAACCGGCAAAAUUCAGCGGCGGAUUGUGUCCGAACACUUUCUUGCGCAGAUAUCGACUGCAAAGGUCCCCAAGUUCGGAGCCUAAACGAAACGCCACUACUAUUUCGCG